GUCUCCCCCCAGCCUGGGCCAUGCCCCUCCUGGUGCCCCAUACCCUGUGCAAUGACUCCCUUGCCCGCUGUUCCCGCCCAGCUGUGCCCUGAUGGAUAUUGAUCUGGACUAUGAGAGACCCAAUGUUGAGACCAUUAAGUGUGUGGUUGUCGGGGAUAACGCCGUGGGCAAGACACGCCUCAUCUGUGCCAGGGCCUGCAAUGCCACCCUCACCCAGUACCAGUUGCUGGCCACCCACGUGCCGACCGUCUGGGCCAUCGACCAGUACCGCGUGUGCCAGGAGGUGCUGGAGCGCUCCCGGGACGUGGUGGACGAAGUCAGCGUCUCUCUGCGGCUCUGGGACACCUUCGGGGACCACCACAAGGACAGGCGCUUUGCCUACGGCAGGUGA